AUGAGAUGGUUGAAAGGCAGGUCUCCGCAGGCUAAUCUCCACUGUCUGAGAGGGAUCAGCAGCGGGGACAAAUUACAAAGGCAAAAUCAGGGUUUGCACAAGUCCCAAAGAGGCUGGGAUCGUCAAGGUCUGGAUUUUCACGAAGACCUCCAUCGCAUCGGAGCCAAAGAGGGUCUGAAGGGACGAAAACUGCAGAAGGCCAUGGAGAGCUACGCCUGGAACAUCACUGUACUCAAGGGCCAGGCUGACCUCCUGAAACACGCCAAGAGCGAGGCGCUGGACACUCUCCGUCAGAUCCACUGCGCCGCCCAGUCCUGCGGCCUCAGCAAAAACGGAUCGGCGUCGCCACAGCUGCCCCACCACCCCCUGCACCAAAACCAGUCCACAAGCCCCCAGACACCCCAGCCGAUCCUCACCCCGGAGUUUCCCCAACAAGCGCCUCUCCAGCCAGCCCUUUCCAUGCAAAACCCCUCAAACCUGCAGGCCAAGAUCCAUCCACAGCCUCCGCCGGUCCCUCUGCUCCAGUAUCAACCCCAAAUCCAGAGCUCUACCCUGGCUUACAUCCCCACCGCUCCUCCCUCCAUGGUUCAACCGCUACCAGUCAAACCACCAGCCUAUCCGCAACCGCCUACACUUCCCCAGUAUCACCAGCAGAGGGGGGCAGACGCCAUGCCAGAGAAAGAUGUUUCGAUGGUGGGCCAUGUGGCAGGACAGUGCUGA